ACGUUUUCCAAAUUCACGCGUGUUAGGCAGUGAUUAUUUUAAAUUUUUUAAAAUUCCAAAUUUCAAUGUAAAUAUUUAUAUUUAAUACAAAUUCAAAAAUGUCUUUGUUUGUUUUGGAUACUGCUGGUGAUACGAAUUUGCUAGAACGUAAAACGCAUGGCACAGCUACAGUUGAAAGCAAUUCACAAUGGCGUACUUUGGAAGAAGGCGUCAGACAAAGCCUGGAAGCAGUAAACCAAGAAGUAGAAGUGGAAAAUGAUGAUGAGGAUGAGGAUUACUUUGGCUUGCCACCACCGAACAUUGACAUUUCCCAAAUCAUCAAAGAGGAACUAGCUAAAAUACAAACACCGAAAAGUGAUAUUGAAGAAAAAUUAGAUAAACUUACUGAAAGAAUUGAUUCGGUCUUAUUGCAAAUGAAGGAAAAUCCUGUAAAAAUUCCCCAAGGGCGUUACAAUAAAAUGGAUUUCUCUGAUUACAAUCCAGCGACCGGAAAGUUUGAUGUAGAACUUAAACUAAAAACCGAUGUAGAGAAGGAAAUGGCGAAAUCACAAUUAGUACCUGGUUUUGGUAGACUAAAGGAGCUACCGUUCCUUACUAAAAAGAAACAACGGGAAAUUAGUAGGGUUGAGCGCUCCAAAACGAAAGGUCCUGGAUGGUACAAUCUACCAGCUACAGAACAGACAGAGGAAACCACGAAUGAGCUUAAGAUACUGCAAAUGCGCUCCGUACUCGAUCCUAAGCAUUUUUACAAGAAGAAUGAUUUGAAAGUCCUGCCAAAAUAUUUCCAAAUUGGCACUGUGCAACAUUCGCCCUUGGAUUACUACAGCGAGCGUGGAACACGUCACAAAAAACGUUCAUUGGUAGACGACUUGUUAGAGGAUGAAACUGCCCAAAAUUAUACAAAACGGAAGUUUAAAGAGGUUGUUGCACGUCGUGAAAAAUAUGCACAUCGCAAGGCGAUGCAAAAAAUGAAAAAGCAGAAGAAAAAUAAGUCUUAAAUUAUCUUUUUUUUUAAUCUUGCUAAUAAAUUAAA